CUACAAUCCAAUCUAAAAAUAGGACUCAGAUUGUAGUAAAAUUGGCUUUUAAUCAUUGACAAAAAGUUAGGGAGGGCGCGCCAAGGAAGAUGUGCGUAGGGCUCCAGAUUUGCUAGGACGGUCCAGCCCUGGGCAAGGUGUCUGUUCUUUGUCGUAAUUCCUGUACAACACUUGAGGCAAACCCUUUAUACAAUCGCAGGAUGGUUUUCCCUUAAAUAUUGAUAAGAUAUACCGUAUAGGCUACUGAUAACUAGCAAUAGACAAAACUACUGUACAAAACAGUAGCAACAAUACUGCUCAUAAAGUAGCCUCGCUGGUUGUUUGACUUGGGCGGCAGUUUAAAGACACAGUACUGGCGGAGCUUUUCCAAAGCCAACGAGUUCACUUGGAUAAUAAUGUAAGACCAGGAUCAAUCCAAUCUUCGCUACUGGAAGUAAGACGCACAUACAGUUCAUGGUUUGGGUGGGGGGUUGACUCACUGGACGAUAAGGAGUGAUCACCGGGUGUGUACUGUACAGGCACAGUGCUAACCGAGCGAUUUCGUUGUGGUACCAGCUGUCAAUCUCUUUCACGUGAUCUCAGCAUGGCCAGCAUGUUCGACAUUGACAUAGAGACGGAAGAUGUCAGCGAGGCAGAGGAUGAGGUGUGCGACUUCACCGUGGCAGAGACAGACAUUGUCCAGACGGAAGAAGUGGAGCUGACCAGUGCCACCGUCAACCGAGACAGCGAGCGAGUCGGACCUGAGUGCUUCGAGCUGCUCACCGUCCUCGGGAAGGGGGGCUAUGGCAAGGUGUUCCAGGUCCGCAAAGUCCAGGGGGGACAAACAGGGAAGAUCUUCGCCAUGAAGGUCCUAAGAAAGGCUAAGAUCGUGUGUAAUGCUAAAGACACAGCCCACACGCGGGCUGAGCGAGAGAUCCUGGAGACGGUGAGACACCCGUUCAUCGUGGACCUGCUGUACGCCUUUCAGACGGGCGGGAAACUCUACCUCAUCCUUGAGUGUCUGAGCGGGGGCGAGCUCUUCAUGCAGCUGGAGAAAGAGGGCAUCUUCAUGGAGGACACUGCGUGUUUCUACCUGGGGGAGAUCACUUUGGCCCUGGGUCAUCUCCACUCUAAUGGAAUCAUCUACCGAGACCUCAAGCCAGAGAACAUCAUGCUGAAUCACCAAGGUCACAUCAAGUUGACGGACUUUGGUCUCUGCAAGGAGUCCAUCCACGAUGGGGCCGUAACACACACCUUCUGUGGCACCAUCGAGUACAUGGCUCCAGAGAUUCUGACCCGUUUGGGUCACAACCGGGCAGUGGACUGGUGGAGUCUUGGAGCUCUGAUGUACGACAUGAUGACCGGCUCGCCCCCCUUCACAGCAGAGAACAGGAAGAAGACCAUCGAUAAGAUACUCAAGUGUAAAAUCAACUUGCCGCCAUACCUCACUGUGGACGCCAAGGACCUCAUCAAGAAGCUGUUGAAGAAGAGUUCUGCCCAGAGACUCGGCUCCAGCAACAUGGACUGUCUUGAUAUACAGAAACAUCCGUUCUUCCGACACAUCAGCUGGGACGACUUGCUCAACAAGAGAGUAGAGCCGCCCUACAGGCCCCAGCUGAAGUCGGAUGAGGACGUCAGUCAGUUUGACAGCAUCUUCACCCGCCAGACGCCGGUGGACAGCCCGGACGACACCUCCCUCAGCCACGGCGCCCAGCAGGCCUUCGCUGGCUUCACCUAUGUGGCGCCAUCCGUCCUGGAGAGUCUGAAGGAGGGGUUCUCCUUUGAACCGAGAGCACGGACCAGACGACAGAACAGUAGCCCCCGCACGCCCAUCAGCCCCCCUAAAUUCUCUAUGGCCGGACCCUUCAAGUCCAGCAUGGAGGGAGAGCACUCCCCCCCACCAGCCCAAGCCCCAGCCACAGCAUCGCUGGACAACGGCUCAGCCUCACAGCCAAUCAGGACGCCUGCCAGGAACAAGAAGCAGAAGGCCCAUCGCAGAUGAACGACUGGUGGACCAAUCACAGCACCAUCUUCCCUUGAUGACAGUCCCCUGUGUGAGGGUUGGCCCUAUGGGGCGGGAUCAGGCUUUGACUGUAAAACCCUCACAUUUUUGUUGUCAUGGCAACAUUAUAAUUAAUGCAAUGUUUUCACAUCUCUCUAAGCUUGUUGGUGUCUAUGUCGGGCGUGGCUUCCUUUUGCAAAGGAGGUGUGGUCUAAUAUGUGGGUGUGGUUUGUUUGAGUGGGCAUGGUCUCUUUCAGAUGACCGGGCCAAUUAAAACACACACACACACACACACACACACACACACACACACACACACACACACACACACACACACACACACACACACACACACACACACACACACACACACACACACACACACACACACACACACAGCAUCUGGUGUGAACCGGUUCUGUGAGCAGCUUGUAUAAAAAUUAUUUUGAGUACAUCAGUAAAGUAUUUUUGGCUAGCGGUGUUCAAGGACUACGGAAUCCUUCCCCCUAAUCGCCCUGCAUUCAGUUCACCGAGGGACAGGUGUGUCCCACCGAUACUGCAAUCAGCAGGUGGCCAGGUGGGAGCCAAUGAGAGGUCAUGCCUGCAGUAGCAGGUGUUGAGGCGUCCCGAUACUCGGGCUGUUUUACUGGUCGGUGGUUUCACUGAGGGCCAACACCAUGAUGUGAUACCAGGGGAGAGGGCGUCACCACCUCUCCUCUCACACGCUGCCUGGCGAGUGGCGACCCCUCUCCCACCGCAGGCAUCUCUUGCAGGGUAAGUCAGGUCCUGUGGGGAUCCUAAGGUGGGAAUGUAUCUGAGCUAUAGAACGUUUGUAAAGAAUAAAACGUGCCCAUCUGUGAUACAAAUAUUUUAUUGGCCCUCUCACCGUUCCAAGAGGCUGCUAAUUGGACAAGGUUGAAGGUGCAGGUUUGAUUAAUUUAUGUCAAAGGAGUAAUCCACCGGACAAAUCUUUUUCUGUACUUACUCUAGAACUAAAUAUUUUGGAACAUUUAGCAGUCAUUACGGAAAAUUGUGCCAAAAAUGUGAAAGCCCUCAUUCUCAGGCUUCUAGAUAGCAACGGUUUUCUAAAGGGCUCAUGCAUUGUACAGGAGCAUCAAUAUGUUCUUGAUAGUAAUGGCGUUUUGGUCAUUGUUUAGUAAUUGAUCUGGAAAUGAUCUGUCAUUAUGGGAAGUUGUGUUUGAAAAUUUCUCAUGAGAUGUGGUGCAAAAAAAGUUUUUAUUGGGUUCCCGUAUAUUUACGUUUCGUUUGGAUUUUACAGUAGGCCUACUAUACAUUUCUUGAGCCAUCAAAAAAUGGCGGAGCAUCGCCACCAGAAAGUCCUGUGAUGCAUUCUGCUAAAAGCCAAAUGCACUGCAUGGUGGGAGCCCCGUCCAUGGAAGCGUUUUUACCGUUGCAUGAAAUCAGUCAUUGUGUAUUUAUACAUAGAAUAAAACUAAUGACAUGCAGAAUCAUAUAUCAAAGGGAGGCUGAAUUCCCGGUUAAUAGUAUAUAGCCUACCUGAUGCAAGACCGACUGAUAAGCAUCAUAAACCCGACAUCCCUUUGACUGCAAAUAUAGAUCAUGCCUUUAAGAGGCUCAAACUGAUGAAGAUAAUGUACCCUGCACCAGAUGUCAUCAGAAUCCGCUUUUAUGUAGCCAAUCGCUUGGGGCUAGCUGCUGUCAACUUUUUUGAUAGUAGUUGUGAUUUGCAAUGGGUUAUGGCAGGUAACCGUUAACGUGGUAAACGGUACCUUGAGAUGACCCCAUCUGUCUACUUUGAGGUUGAUUUAAUAAAUUACGAAUGUUGGAAUGUAUUUGGUGCAAAAUAUAAUUUGCCUUGACUAUCAAAAAAAUCGUCAGUUUUCUUCAAAUCUCUGAGCCCUGAACGUGUAGUGCUGUGGCCAGAACUGCAGCACAAUUAUGCUAAAGAUUCUUUUUUGACCAAUGGCUUAACGACCAUUAUCAAGCAUAUUCAAUAGAAAUGUACUUUUAUUCCUCUUAAAUCAAUUAGUGUUUACGUGUAACAUAGCUAGCGCUUCUAUUUAAUUAUCUUGUUCCCACGAAUUAUUAAACUGUUGCCAGAAAUUAAUUAUCUCGUUCCCGCAAUUUAUUAAAUUGUGGCCACAGAUAAGGCCUAAUGCUGACAGAUCACUAAAUCGGGAAAACAGAUUAUUAAGUCGGGAAAACAGAUCACUAAAUCGGGCAAACAGAUAUAUUUAUUUUUCCCAGAUGUCACCAGGGGGGCUCUUCCAUGUGUUCUUGACCUUUAAUUUUGCUCGGACCCUGUUAUUCACCGAUGGCGGGUGUAUUUUAUUUUAAGUUUAUUUUUAUAUUAUUUUAGGUCAUUAAUAGGCUAAGGUUUUGUGUGAGACAAUUCAGUGGAAAAAAAACGACAAAACAAAAUGUAUUCUCCUUAAACAAAAUGAAACGGGUUUGUUCUGGAAAGAAUAAAUGGACUAAGGGAGUUGACCUAAGGGUAGAAAAUAGAUUUAAAUAAUCUCCGCUUCGCAUAACCGCUUCAAAUCGCUUUGAGAGGAACAUCAGGCGGACAGAUCUACUGUCUUUGUUGAUAACCUGGAUAAAUUAAAUUAAUUGAGCCAAUAGAAUACCAUUGACUGUCAAACCGAUGACAUAUUUGCAAUUAUUUUUAAAUUAAAUUCAUACACCAUUUCCAAUGUGAUGCAUGAGUCAAAUAGACAGUUUAAGAGAUCACACAGAAUAUGAGGGUCUAGGCCUACGCUUUUAA